AUGUCGCUUACGUUAAAACUGACAACAGUGAUAGUUAAAGGAUCAUUACUGACCACUUUUGAUAUCCGUUUGCAUGAGGGUCGUAUCGUGGGCGGUGAGGACGCCCCUGAUGGGGCUAUACCGUAUCAGGCUUCCUUGAGGUCCUUAUUCAACUCUCACUUUUGUGGAGGAUCCAUAAUCAGCAAUAGAUGGGUGUUAACUGCUGCUCAUUGUACAAUCAGCCAAUCUACUUACUCUAUGCGUGUGAUAGUGGGAACUAAUAGCCUCAUUAAAGGCGGUGAUCCCUACUCAGUAUCCAAGAUUAUAGUCCAUAGUAAAUACGACGCAAGACUCAUCACCAACGACUAUCCAGGAGUACUAGCAAAUAAACUACAGAUGAUCAACCUGACGGCUCUGAGCGUGGAGAAGUGCCGUCUCAAAUACUGGGGCAUUAACAAUGUUUUCAGCUCUCAAAUAUGUUCGCUCACCAAGUCUGGAGAAGGUGCUUGUCAUGGGGACUCUGGAGGACCAUUGGUGGAAAACGGCCGUAUCGUGGGCAUCGUAUCAUGGGGUAUGCCGUGCGCACGCGGCUAUCCUGACGUCUACUCAAGAGUGCAUUCCUUCAGAGAUUGGAUCUUAGAAAAGAUCUCUGAAAAAGCUUAG